UGUUGAGAAGCCUCCAGUGGCUGUUGACCCAGUGGAGGGAAGCGACGACGACUGCGUUCCCGGGAAGAUUCGAACUACAUUUCAGAUUGGCUGUUUGCUAAAAAAAAAAUAAAGACAAGAAAACUGCAAGAGGAUGGUGAUGACAUUUUGAGUUUCAGUCAACAGAGGUAAUAGUUUGAAUAUAUGAUCUAGAAGAUUCAGAGAGUGGAAGUAUGAAAAUGCUGAAAUCUUUCCAAAUCUGAAGUGAUGAUUUUGAGUAUCACAUUAUGAUUUCAACAAGAAAAACUUAAACUUCACUGGAUCCCAACAUCUAAAGAGAUUUUCAAGAUUUCAGAAGCUUUUUUCUGAAGAUAAUAAAGAAGUUGCUAACCACAGAAGAGAAAACAAUCUUAUCUUUUCAACUUCAUUUCCUAACGUUUCAGAAUUAAGAAAAUUAUUUGAACCACAGGCAAAAGAAUAUCCAAACAUGAAAAGAAAGGAGAGAAUUGCCAGGCGGCUGGAAGGAAUUGAAAGUGAUGCCCAGCCCAUCCUCUUGCAGAGCUGCACAGGGCUGGUGACUCACCGACUACUGGAGGAAGACAAGCCCAGAUACAUGCGUGCCUCUGACCCGGCCAGCCCACACAUUGGCCGAGCUAAUGAAGAGGAAGAAAAGUCUGAAUUUUCAGUAGAGAAGCAGAGUCGCUCCAAGCACGGCCCAGAAACCUCAGGUGUUCAAGGCGACUCCUAUGGUUCAGGUACCAUAGACACCCAGGGGCUGGAGUCCAAAGCAGAAAGGAUUGCAAGGUACAAAGCUGAGAGGAGAAGGCAGUUGGCAGAAAAAUACGGGAUUUCUCUGGAUUUGGAAACAGAUUCUGACUCUUCAUGCCGAUACACCAAGUCCAGGAAGGACUCGGAUGCUACAGAGAAGAGGGGAUGCAAAAGCGAUAAAUGGGAUGAGACUGGCAAGGAAUCGAGUUCUCCCUACUCCAGGACAGAGAUCAUGGGGUUUAGGACCUACGUGGCUGAAUCCAAGGACUAUGCCCCACGCGGGACUGAUGGGGUGUCUGACACAGAGGUGCUGCUCAACGUGGAAAACCAAAGACGCGAUAGACAGCUGAGCGCCACCUCGGGGGACACCCCCUCUUCCUUCCUGUUCUCAGGGGCUGACAGCACCUUCGGAGAAACGCCAAGGUCUCUGAGGCAGAUGCCAUCUGUGUCCCAGUCCUCCCCAAGCCACAGCACUGGUGACUUCCCCACUGAAAGCCGAUCCAGCACAGGGAAACCCAAACAUGAAUGGUUUCUCCAGAAAGAUUCCGAAGGAGACACACCUUCACUUAUCAACUGGCCUUCCAGAGUUAAAGUUAGAGAGAGAUUGGUGAAAGAGGAGAGUGCGCGCAGCAGCCCUGAACUUGGCCCCGAGUCUUUGACUCAGAGGAGACCGCAGCCAGUGCCCCUGCAUUGCCUGUCCUUUCCGUCUGAAAGCUCAGCCUUUGAUAGGGUGGUGAGCAAGCCUGCUGGUGCCUCCCGGCAUUCCCUGCGAGGCUAUGUUCAACCCACAGAGCCUAUCCACCCUGCCAAGCUGGUGACUUCAGAAACUCCAGAGAACCUCUCUGAGGGGAGUUGGGUGGGUUCCACCCCUGCAAAUGCCCUCCAGUCUCCUGCCAUGAAGGUUCUAGAAGGGGAAACAAGGGAGAGCCCAGACCUCCACAUUUGUGAAUCCAAUGCUGAGGAAGAUGCACUCUUUGCUGAGGUGCUUGAGAAAAACCAGAAAACACUGUUGGCUUUGGAGGAUCAUAGACGCUCAAGAAGCCACCAAGACCCCUCUGGAAAUGAGAACUUUGGUAAACGAGCUGUCAGCUUAGAACCAUGGAAUGAGCCACAAAAUCGGUCAAGCCACCCUCCAACUCAUCAUCAGCCCACCGACAGAAUGGGCAGGACUGAAAUGGUCUUAUACGUUCAGAAUGAGCCUGUGUCCCAAGAGGUUGGGGUGACUGGUCCCACGAAGGAAGCACUGACAAAGAAGCACAAGGUUCGCAUCCGAUCCCUUUCUGACUACACUGGGCCCUCUCAGCUCCAGGCCUUGAGAGUGAGGGACCCGGCUUCUAGGAGACUGAGUGCCCAGGCUGUGGAGCCCCCAGUGGAAGCUGGCAUGCUGGACACCAGGGUGUCUGUCGCCCAGCUUCGAAAUGCCUUUCUGGAGUCUGCCAGUGCCAGCAGGAAAUCCAAACUCCAACCCCUGGUUGAGAGGUCAACCGAAGGCGUUGACUGGCCUGCCAGUGUGGAACGGGAGAGAGGGUCCCGGAAACCCAGACGCUAUUUUUCUCCUGGUGAAAGUAGAAAGUCUUCAGAGAGAUUUAGAACUCAACCUAUAACCUCAGCAGAACGAGAGGCAUCAGAUAGGUCUACUUCAAAUCCAGAAAUACCAGCUGCUGAUGAUGAAGAAAAGGUAGAUGAGCGAGCCAAGCUGAGCGUGGCUGCCAAGAGGCUGUUGUUCAGGGAAAUGGAAAAAUCAUUGGAUGAGAAAAAUGUGCCUAGGCGUCGCUCCCGCAACGCAGCGGUGGAGCAGAGGCUUCGGCGUCUGCAGGACAGAUCUCACACACAGCCCGUCACUACGGAGGAGGUGGUCAUCGCUGCCACUGAACCUAUCCCUGCUUCGUGCUCUGUGGUCACCCAUCCUGUCAUGGCAAGACUUCCCUGUCCCACUGUAGCUCAGAGCCCUGUGCAACCUGCCAGAUUACAGGCAUCUGCUCAUCAGAAGGCUUUAGCCAGAGACCAGGCAAAUGAGGGCAGAGAUUUCGCUGAGCCAGGUGAACCUGAUUCCUCAACUCUCAGCUUAGCAGAGAAGUUGGCAUUGUUUAACAAAUUGUCUCAGCCAGUCUCAAAAGCCAUCUCGACCCGAAACAGAAUAGAUAUAAGACAGAGGAGAAUGAACGCUCGCUAUCAGACUCAGCCGGUCACACUCGGAGAGGUGGAGCAGGUGCAGAGUGGGAAGUUCAUUCCUUUCUCACCCACUGUGAACAAAUCUGUGUCCACCAUGGCACCCACCGUUGCUCCCAUGUAUGCUGGAGAUCUCCGAACAAAGCCAUCUGCAGAUGAUCACCCCAGUGCCACCGAUUAUAAGUCUUCUUCCCUGGAAAAUUCAGACACUCCAGUGAGAAGCAUUCUGAAAUCUCAAGCCUGGCAGCCUUCAGGAGAUGGUGCCCAGAGCAAAGGAAUGGCACAAGAAUUUGGAGAAUCAGAAAGACAGAGAAUGUGGGCAGGUGGAGAUGGAAGUGUUAGGAAGUCAGGGUCCUUUGAAGAAGCAGAGACAUCUCUCCUCACCCUGAACAGAACCCGGGAAGCAGAGAGUCAGAAAGAACCCAGAUAUGCAGGGCCCCCAAAAGGAAGCCACGAGCUAGCUAAUCCUCCCAUUGCUUGUAUUGGUGAAGAAUUGAAGGAAUUUUCCAUGGCUGAAAGCACUUCCCAGGGGAACACAGAUUCGAAGGACAGGCAGCUCUUUGAAGAGAAGGUGAACACAGAGAAUGUUGCACAGAGAAGGUUUUCACGGAGAGCAUCAGAGUUCGGAGAGUCUCCGUAUGAGCAGACGGGCACAGCUGCUGGGAAAAAUAUAGCUCAGCCUACAACCCCGGGGUCUUGGAAGCAGCCAGAUCCUUCAGAGCCAGCUCAAGAGAAGAUCUACAAGAAUUCAAGUGCUAUGUUUGCCACUGGAGAGAUCAAAAUGCCAAUGAUGGAGGACAAUUUCGACUCACCGAGCAAAACUAUGUCCAUUAAAGAAAGAUUAGCGCUGUUGAAGAAAAGUGGAGAGGAAGAUUGGAAAAACAGAUUGAGCAGAAAGCAAGAAUUUGGCAAAGCAUCCAUCACUAGCAGCCUGCACAUACAAGAAAUGGACCAGUCACUGAAGAAGAAGCGGGUGACGGAAAGCCGGGAGAGCCAAAUGACUAUUGAAGAGAGAAAGCACCUUAUCACUGUGAGAGAAGAAGCCUGGAAAACAAAAGGCAAAGGAGCAGCCAAUGACUCCACCCAGUUUACAGUGGCUGGCAGGAUGGUGAAGAAAGGCUUGGCAUCCCCCACAGCCAUAACUCCUGUUGCAUCCCCACUUAGCAACAAAGCCAGAGGUACCACACCAGUUUCCAAACCUCUAGAAGAUAUUGAAGCCAGACCAGACAUGCAGUUAGAGUCAGAUCUGAAGUUGGACAGGCUGGAAACCUUCCUGAGAAGGUUGAAUAACAAAGUAGCAGGAGUGCAAGAAACCGUCCUCACGGUCACCGGUCAGUCAGUGAAGGAGGUGAUGAAACUAGAUGACGACGAAACCUUUGCCAAAUUUUACCGCAGUGUGGAUUCCGCAGGAUUGCGAAGUUCCGUGGCACUCGAUGAAGACUUUGAUGUCAUUCUCGACUCAUGUGCACCCAAGCUGACCUCUUCUGUGGCAGAGCACAAGCGAGCAGUUCGGCCCAAACGCCGGGUUCAGUCCUCCAAAAACCCCUUGAAAAUGCUGGCAGCGAGAGAAGAUCUGCUUCAGGAAUACACAGAGCAAAGGUUAAAUGUGGCCUUCAUGGAGUCAAAGCGGAUGAAAGUCGAAAAGAUGGCUUCCAACUCCAACUUUUCCGAAGUGACUCUGGCUGGACUAGCCAGUAAAGAGAACUUCAGCAACGUCAGUCUACGCAGUGUCAACCUGACAGAACAGAAUUCAAACAACAGUGCGGUACCCUACAAGAAGCUGAUGCUAUUACAGAUUAAAGGAAGAAGACAUGUGCAGACGAGACUGGUGGAACCUCGCGCCUCAUCACUUAACAGUGGCGACUGCUUCCUGCUGCUCUCCCCACACUACUGCUUCCUGUGGGUAGGAGAGUUCGCAAAUGUCAUAGAAAAGGCAAAGGCCUCAGAACUUGCCUCUUUAAUUCAGACCAAAAGGGAGCUUGGUUGUAGAGCGACUUAUAUCCAAACUAUUGAAGAAGGAAUUAAUACUCACACUCAUGCAGCCAAAGACUUCUGGAAACUUCUGGGUGGCCAGAGCAGUUAUCAAUCUGCUGGAGACCCCAAAGAAGAUGAACUGUAUGAAACAGCCAUCAUAGAAACAAACUGCAUUUACCGACUGCUGGAUGACAAGCUGGUUCCUGAUGACGAUUUCUGGGGGAAAAUUCCAAAGUGCUCCCUUCUGCAGUCAAAAGAGGUACUGGUGUUUGAUUUUGGUAGCGAGGUUUAUGUCUGGCAUGGCAAAGAGGUCACCUUAGCACAACGGAAAGUAGCUUUUCAGCUGGCCAAGCACCUGUGGAAUGGAACCUUUGACUAUGAGAAUUGCGACAUCAACCCACUGGAUCCUGGAGAAUGUAAUUCGCUGAUUCCCAGAAAAGGACAGGGGCGACCAGAUUGGGCCAUAUUUGGGAGGCUUACAGAACACAAUGAGACCAUUUUGUUUAAAGAGAAGUUUCUUGAUUGGACUGAACUGAAGAAACCGAAUGAGAAGAAUGUAGGGGAACUUGUCCAACAGAAGGAGGACUCCAGGGCCGAGGUGAAACCAUAUGACGUGACACGAAUGGUGCCUGCACCCCAGGCCCUGGCCAACACUGUGCUGGACGGGGUAAACGUGGGCCGGGGCUAUGGCCUGGUGGAGGGGGAUGACCGGAGGCAGUUUGAGAUCGCCAUUGCUUCCGUGGACGUGUGGCACAUCUUGGAGUUUGACUAUAGCAGACUCCCCAAACAGAGCAUUGGGCAGUUCCACGAGGGUGAUGCUUAUGUGGUCAAGUGGAAGUUCACGGUGAGCACUGCAGUGGGAAGUCGGCAAAAGGGGGAGCAUGCGAUUAGGGUGGCUGGCAAAGAGAAGUGUGUCUACUUCUUCUGGCAAGGUCGGCACUCAACAGUGAGCGAAAAAGGCACCUCGGCACUAAUGACGGUGGAGCUGGACGAAGAAAGGGGAGCCCAGGUCCAAGUUCUCCAGGGAAAGGAACCCCCCUGUUUCCUGCAGUGUUUCCAAGGGGGAAUGGUAGUACACUCAGGGAGACGAGAAGAGGAGGAAGAAAAUGCGCAGAGCGAAUGGAGGUUGUACUGCGUUCGGGGAGAAGUUCCCAUGGAAGGAAACUUGAUGGAAGUGGCCUGUCACUGCAGCAGCCUGAGAUCCAGAACGUCCAUGGUGGUUCUCAAUGUCAACAAAGCCCUCAUUUACCUGUGGCACGGAUGCAAGGCCCAGGCCCACACGAAGGAGGUUGGAAGGACCGCGGCCAAUAAAAUCAAAGAACAAUGUCCUCUGGAGGCCGGACUACAUAGCAGCAGCAAAGUGACAAUUCACGAAUGUGAUGAAGGAUCGGAACCCCUGGGAUUCUGGGAUGCAUUAGGAAGGAGAGACAGGAAAGCCUACGAUUGCAUGCUCCAAGAUCCUGGAAAUUUUAACUUCACGCCUCGCCUGUUCAUCCUCAGCAGUUCCUCUGGAGAUUUCUCAGCUACAGAAUUCAUGUACCCUGCCCGGGACCCUACUGUGGUCAACUCUAUGCCUUUUCUGCAGGAAGAUCUUUAUAGUGCCCCCCAGCCAGCUCUCUUCCUGGUGGACAAUCACCACGAGGUGUACCUCUGGCAAGGCUGGUGGCCCAUUGAGAACAAGAUCACGGGUUCUGCCCGCAUCCGCUGGGCGUCGGACAGGAAGAGCGCCAUGGAGACGGUGCUGCAGUAUUGCAGAGGGAAAGGUAUCAAGAAGCCGCCCCCCAAGUCUUACUUGAUUCAUGCCGGCCUGGAACCCCUGACCUUCACCAAUAUGUUCCCCAGCUGGGAGUACCGAGAAGAUAUUGCGGAAAUCACAGAAAUGGAUACUGAAGUUUCCAGUCAGAUCACCCUGGUUGAAGAUGUUCUUGCCAAGCUCUGUAAGACCAUCUACCCACUGGCUGACCUGCUGGCCCGGCCCCUUCCUGAGGGUGUGGAUCCACUCAAGCUGGAAAUCUAUCUCACAGACGAGGACUUCGAGUUCGCCCUCGAGAUGACAAGGGAGGAAUACAGUGCCCUGCCCACUUGGAAGCAGGUGAACCUGAAGAAAGCCAAAGGCCUUUUUUGAGCACUCACCCACACUAUUGACACCUCGCCUGUCACUCUCCAAACUGGGAGUCCAGGAAAGUGACUUUGAUUUUUUUGGACUGCUAUAUAUAAUAUAUAUAUGUAUGUAUUUUUUUUAAAUACAACUUCUUUGAUUCGAGUUUUCAAAGUUUGAAGUUCUUAGCCCUACUCCUUGUCCUAGAGUUGUGUAUUUUGUAAAUGUUGACGAGAACUCUUUGGAAACUCUCUUUCCCAUUCAGCAGGUAAUGUGCAUGAAUGACUCUAUCCUUCGUGCACUUAAGCAGCUGUUCCUUGCAGCAAAGAUCGUACUGCCCUCCCCAUCCAGCUAAGCCACGCCUAUUUUUUAAGCAAUUCUCUUGAUAAAGUGUUAUUUUGAUAGCUUGUGGAUUCUAAAAUAUAUAUUUAUAUAUACACCAUAUAAAUCAAAUAUGUAUUUAACAAAUGGAAAGUAUGUAUUCAUUCACUUCUCAGAUCUU